AUGGUCUUUUGGCUUCUGAAGACGGCGCUGUUUCUCUUUCUGACUGAGGGACAUCUGAAGCCAUCUUGGUGUGAUAACGCUGGUUCCACGCAGAUACCCGACGUCCUGAGAAGUCAUGAGACUCGGCCUGAAGAUCGUUUCGGCAAUAUUACUACUGGUAAUGCUGUGGUGGUUGAUUCUGUAGUCAACGAUACUUUCCCACGCAAUCAUAUUACGAAAACAGUCUGUGAAAAUACAGAAACACAAAUUAUGUUAUCCUGUAAUACAAACAUCGCCACAACAAUUGAGAUGGUGAGCGACCCUAAUGAUGUCAAAGAAAAGGCGGAUUUUGAUCUUUUAUUCAUAAUACCUUGCAUUGUCCUACCAGUCAUAUGUGUGCCCGGUUGUAUGCUCAAUGUACUUAAUAUCUACGUUCUCGCAAAACAAUCUAAAGCCACUACAAACAAUUGUCUGUUGAUAGGACUAAGUGUAGCAGAUCUGUCAUAUCUUUUAUGUAUAUUAAUAGUGAGCGCCUACAGCAUCUUAGAAAAGCUCAAUUACCCUCUGUAUAUACGUGCUGUUACCAGUGCACGAUUAGACUGGAAUGGUUAUUUCACUUCUUUGGUCACUGGCCGAUCGUCUAACGCUUUUAUUAUUAUAUUAUCACUGGAGAGAUUCAUCGCAGUGAAAUUCCCUUUGACUGCAAAGUCGUCUUGGUUGAGUCGCCAUCCAUCCAAAAUUUUGGCAAGCGUGUUUGCUUUUGUUACAGUAUUAUUGUUGCCGAACUUAUUUCGUGUAGAAUUUGUGAAAGGAUUUGAUCCAGUCUCUAACCAAAGUUUUGUGUCCCGCAAACUUACUCAUUUCGCAGAAAAAAAUCCUGAGUUUUACACUGUUUACACCUAUGUCAUUUUAGUGGUUCUGCGACUUGUGCCAGUGCUCUCUGUAGUUGUUCUCAAUAUAGCUAUUAUUGUGACUCUCAAGUUUUCUCGCAAGUCUUGGAACUCAAGUCAAAUCAGCGACGAUAAAAGGCGGGCGAAGGAAUUGAAAGUGACCCGGAUGUUGGUGACGAUCGCGCUCCUGUUUGUUGUCUGUGACCUGCUAUGGCUAGGCGGUAAAUCGGCUCCAGUGGAAGAGACUGUGCACUUCAAGAAGCGAAACUGA